UAGCAGGUUGACUUUAUCGCCGUCUCUGCUCAAUCCAAUAGUAUCACAUUCUUAAGGAAGAAGAAGAGAUUCUUAAGGGAGAAGAAAAGAAAACGCCACCUUCAUUUCUUCAUCAAACCCACCAUUUCCGUCCUCCAAAAGCGAGCCACUCCUCAGAAAACCUCAAGACAAUACCCACAAAAGAGCAAACAAGAUAAACCAAAUCUCGAUGGCAAAGUGCUUCAGCUUUUCAGCGACAUACGACCGAUGGUUGCGCUUCUCCUAUUCCCGGAUGGGCCUGAAGUCGACCACCACCGACCUCAGCGGCGAUGGCACGGUCAUGCACUGUUGGGUCCCCAAGACGUACAAGCCCAACAAGCCCAACUUGCUCCUUGUGCACGGCCUCGGAGCCAGCGGAAUGUGGCAGUGGAAUGCGUUCGUCUCGCGCUUCAUCGAGAGAUUCAACGUGUACGUGCCUGAUCUCUUGUUCUUUGGCGACUCCUACACGAACCGGCCCGAGCGGACCGAGCAGUUUCAGGCUCAGUGCGUCGCAGGAGUCUUGAAGGCUGAGGGAGUGAGAAAGACGGCAGUAGUGGGGGCAAGUUACGGUGGCUUCGUGGCAUAUAGCUUGGCGGCGCAGUUCCCUGAGAUGGUGGAGAAGUUGGUUUUGUGGGGUGCAGGGGUUUGUAUGGAGGAGAAGGAUAUGGAGGAUGGGAUGUUUCAGGUGAAGAGCAUGGACGAGGCCGUGAGUAUCAUGUUAGCACAGACGCCAGAGAAGAUGAAAGAGCUGCUCGAGGUCGUCUGUUACAAGCCGGUGAUGACAAUUCCCACUUGCUUGAUGCAGGAUUUCAUUAAUUUCAUGGGUACGGAGCACCUUCAAGAAUGGACAGGGCUGCUCAAUGCCUUACACAAAGAUAGGAAGAUGUCUAAUCUUCCUAAGAUAACUCAGCCGACACUGAUAAUCUGGGGGGAAUAUGAUAGACUCUUUCCAAUUGAAUUGGGUCACAGAUUAAAAAGGCAUUUGGAAGGAAUUGCGCAAUUAGUGAUUAUAAAGGAUUGUGGUCAUGCCCCGAAUGGAAGGGACCUGAAAGGGAUAUACGAACACAUGAAGUCGUUCCUCAUAGAUCCACUCCUUUCACCUAAGAAGGCAAAUCAAACCAAAGACCAAAAGGUGCACUGAGAGUCAGCAUUGAAUUUAUGGUCGAAUAAGCCUCCUGCAGCAUGCUUGUCCGAGGUAUAUAAAUAUUAAUAUAGCCUAUGUAAUUUGAAGUAACAUGGUUCAACAUAAUUAACCCAUGAAGAGCAAUGUCCAAAGAAUGGGGAAUAUUUCAUUUUUUCCUCUAGAUAUUGUGUUACAGUUGCAUAUUUUAGGGUUCAUUGUGAAUUUUGCUAGAUUAGUGUUGUAAUGUUUGCUUGUAGUAUUGCUUUCACUGUUGCACCCCAAAAAAUUCUAACGGGAUGAGUGAGUGAUAUGACUACCUUUCCACUCGAAAGAUGAAGCCUCAAACUAUAUGUGAUAUCCUGAAAAUUAGUCCCUAUUUUGAAAUAUAUGAAAUAGUUUUAUUCA